AACCAUAGUUUAUUAUGUUUCCCCACCCUUCCAAGUUCCAAAGGGACCAACCAAACCAAGCAGUAAUGAAUAUCAUAAAACCAAUCACCAAAUCAACGCAACCAUUGAAUGGCGUUCAAGUUUUGAGUUACUCUUAGUAUUAAAUGCAGCAACUAAGACCCUCACCCACCUUUCAAAACUCCCAAAAUUAUUCUCAACAAUACCCUCUCCCAAAUGGAAUAUUCCCCUUUUCAUCCUUCAAAUCAUCACCAUUUCCAUGUCUUCCUCAACCCCUUACACUUACCCUCCUCCUCCUCCGCCUCUUCCUUAUCUCUCCAACCUCGGCUUCGGUUACUCCAUCGCCAUCGCUCUCGGCUUCCUCUUCCUCCUCUCCACUCUCAUCCUUUCCUCCUACCUCUGUUGCCGCACUUUCCGUAACCGUCGUAACAACCACAACAGCAACAUCAACAACCAACGAAACAACCAACGAAACUCCGACGGUGUAGUUCUACCGCGGGUGAUUUUCGUUGCGGAGGAGGAUGAUCAUGAUCGGGACGAUAUCGUUUUGGGAUUGGACCAGAGCGUGAUCAACUCUUACCCGAGGCUGCAGUAUGGGAAGGAGAUGAUGGGACAGGAUGGAACUUGCUCGAUCUGUUUGUGUGAGUAUAAGGAUGCGGAGAUGCUGAGGAUGAUGCCGGAAUGUCGACACUAUUUUCAUCUCUGUUGUCUUGAUUCGUGGUUGAAGCUUAAUGGCUCUUGUCCGGUGUGCCGGAAUUCGCCUAUGCCGACGCCGAUGUCGACGCCGUUGCAGGAGGUUGUUCCGCUUUCGCAUUACAUUGGUGAAAGGAGAACGAGGAGGUGAUUUUUUAUUUAUUUAUUUGGUUGAUUUGAGAGGGUGGGGUGGAAUGUAGAAAUUGUAUGUAGUGAGUGAGUUUGAAAAUCUUGGUUUGGGAUUUGGAUUGAAGUUGAUGGCAAUUGUGAGGAUGAUGGUUUUUUCUGUAAUUGGGAAAUUAUGAGAUUUAUGGUUCUGUUUUGGUUAUGAAAAUUUUAUGAUAUUGAUA